UAAAAAGCGUGAGUAUGGCGUUUGAGUAUUUGGCUUACGAUUUAUCGCGUGGAGAGGAGGAAGUGAGCCCUCAAAUAGUUGAUCGAAGUUUGCUCCGGCAUGUGGACAAUCCUUUCGAUUUGGAUGCAGGGGAGUUCCAGAAGUUAUUCCGUUUAACUCCAGACUUGACUGAGGACGUAGUUUCGCAGCUUGACAGCCAUCUGAGAGGUUCCAGAGUAACAGCGAUUUCGACUGAAAAACAGGUUCUAGCUGCACUGCGAUUUUUUGCAACCGGGUGUUAUCAACGACCCGUAGGUGAGCAAUGGGGAAUAUCUAUGAGCCAGUCAUCCGUUAGCCGUAGCAUUCAUCGGGUAACAGCUGCAAUCAACAGCUCCAUGUUUUGCGCAAAGGUGAGAUUUCCCAUGACCCAAGUGGAGCGGCAAGCGGCAAAAGAAAUUUUUGCUUCAGCAACCUCCCCGUUUGUGGGAGGUACCAUUGGAGCUAUCGAUUGCACGCACGUGUCAAUUUUGGCCCCGAAACGUCAUGAAGAAGCGUAUGUCAACCACCACGGCUACCAUUCGCUUAAUGUCCAAAUGAUAUGUGAUCCUACACUUAAAAUUUUAAACGUAAAUGCCAAAUUUCCGGGAGCACGGCACGAUGCAUACAUUUGGAGUUCCUCUGCGAUUCAAUAA